CGGCCAGGCGCGGGGCUUUCUCUCUCGGAGGCGCGGCCCAGAUGUCGUCACUGUCCGUGACUGGGGCUGGAGGACAGAGAAGCCCUUCCCGUUGCCGGUGCCGGCCUUGUGUCUUGGAAGUACUUAGCUCAACAGGAGCGAGAUCGCGAGCAGCGCCAUGAGCAAUACUACCGUCGUCCCCAGCACUGCGGGCCCAGGCCCCAGUGGCGGGCCGGGUGGCGGAGGCGGCGGCGUCGGAGGUGGCGGCACCGAGGUAAUCCAGGUGACUAAUGUCUCCCCGAGCGCUAGCUCUGAGCAGAUGCGGACCCUCUUCGGUUUCCUAGGCAAGAUCGACGAACUACGCCUCUUCCCGCCGGAUGAUUCACCUUUGCCAGUCUCAUCCCGUGUGUGCUUUGUUAAAUUCCAUGACCCGGACUCAGCAGUUGUGGCACAGCAUCUGACAAACACUGUAUUCGUUGACAGAGCAUUGAUAGUCGUACCAUAUGCAGAAGGAGUUAUUCCUGAUGAGACUAAGGCUUUGUCUCUGUUGGCACCAGCUAAUGCAGUGGCAGGUCUUCUGCCUGGUGGUGGACUCCUGCCUACUCCUAACCCACUUACCCAGAUUGGCGCUGUUCCAUUGGCUGCCUUGGGAGCUCCUACUCUUGAUCCUGCCCUUGCUGCACUUGGGCUUCCUGGAGCAAACUUGAAUUCACAGUCUCUUGCAGCAGAUCAGUUGCUGAAGCUUAUGAGUACUGUGGAUCCCAAGUUGAAUCAUGUAGCUGCUGGUCUUGUUUCACCAAGUCUGAAAUCAGAUACCUCCAGUAAAGAAAUAGAGGAAGCUAUGAAGAGAGUACGAGAAGCACAGUCCCUAAUUUCUGCUGCCAUAGAACCAGAUAAGAAAGAAGAAAAACGAAGACACUCAAGAUCGAGAUCACGCUCUAGAAGAAGGAGGACUCCUUCAUCUUCUAGGCACAGGCGAUCAAGAAGCAGAUCAAGAAGGAGAUCACAUUCUAAGUCGAGAAGUAGGCGACGAUCCAAAAGUCCAAGACGGAGAAGAUCUCAUUCCAGAGAGAGAGGUAGAAGGUCAAGGAGCACAUCAAAAACCAGAGACAAAAAGAAAGAAGACAAAGAAAAGAAACGUUCCAAAACACCACCAAAAAGUUACAGCACAGCCAGACGGUCCAGAAGUGCAAGCAGUUUGUAUGUUUGUGGUUGUAGAGAGAGACGACGACGAAGAAGCCGCAGUGGCACAAGGUCUCCUAAAAAGCCUAGGUCGCCAAAAAGAAAAUUGUCUCGCUCACCCUCCCCUAGGAGAACAUUUUACUGUUAUCCUAGGCAUAAGAAAGAGAAGAAGAAAGAUAAAGACAAAGAAAGAAGCAGAGAUGAAAGAGAACGAUCAACAAGCAAGAAGAAAAAAAGUAAAGAAAAGGAAAAGGAUCGGGAAAGAAAAUCCGAGAGUGAUAAGGAUGUAAAACAGGUUACACGGGAUUACGAUGAAGAGGAACAAGGGUAUGACAGCGAGAAAGAGAAGAAAGAGGAGAAGAAACCAACAGAACCAGGUUCCCCUAAAACAAAAGAAUGUUCUGUGGAAAAGGGAACUGGUGAUGCACUAAGAGAAUCCAAAGUGAAUGGGGAUGAUCAUCAUGAGGAAGACAUGGAUAUGAGUGACUGAAUGUAGCCUCCUUGGGAAUCCAGCUGUACACAUGCAUCAGUGUCAUUCCUUUGUGAUUUCUUAAUGCUGUAUUUGUUCAUCUCAGAUCUUAGAUGUAUACAGCUCUGAGCUAUAAAUGGUUAUAAAGCUCCUGAUGUUGAUAUUAUUUACAUCCAAAAGCUUUUAGAAAAUGAUACAUGGGUAACCAAUCCUUGACAUGGUGAAAUCUGAUUGAGUAACCAAGCAGUUAUAUUCUGGUGCCGCUUCGUAACAGAGGUGAAAAGCUGCAUGCAUCUACAGCAGGCAUGGAUUGUUUUAGUUGUAUGAUCUCCUUUAAGUAAGUUCACUUAUAGUAUUUCUAGAAUUUGAUUCAUUGCCGUAAUAGAGCCAUGUAGGGAAUGCACUGAUUGCAUGUUAAUUGUGGCAGGAAUAUCCUAAAUGUCAUUAAACUCCUCCAACAUGAUGGAUCUACUUACGGUCUUGUUUGUUGACAUGACAAAUUAACAUCUUUAUAGUUACAUCUGGAAAUAAGCAUUUGAAUAGAUAAUCCUUUAAGCCUUGUGGCUGAAUUUUUGUGGCUUUUGUUUAACUUUGAAAGGUUAUAUAUGCACUAACCUUUUUUGAUGGCUGCUUAGGCUUUAAUUACAGAAACAAGAUUUCAAAAGAAACUGUCUUUGGCAGUAAGUAAAUAGCUAUUUUGAAGUAGAGUUGUAUACUUUUUCAUAAGGUGUUUCGGAAUUUUUUUUCCUGAAAUAAUUUAUUCUACACCUACAUCAGUGAAAGCUAUCCAGAGUCCAUCUGUAAAGGAAAAUUAUCUCAUGUCCUGAUUUUCAAUUUUCCACUUUUAUUCAUUUGUUUUAAUAUGUGUUGGAAAAAGGGGGUAGUGCAUUUUAAAUUGACCUUCAUGUGCUUUUAAAAUGUACUUGAUAAUGUACUUUUUAUUUGAGCUCAAGUUGUAUAAAACCAAUAAAUUUGUGUUAGUGUUACUGCAGUAGUAAUCCUAUGCCCACAGUGAUUCCAUGUUAAAUGCAAAGUAGUAUGGCAACUGUUUUCUUAGUUACAGGAGUUUCAAGCUUCACUUUUGUGCAGUAAAAACAAGAGUAGGCUACAGUCUGUGCCACGUUGAUGUACAGUUUCUGAAAUUGUUUUACAAGACUUUGAUAAUAAAACCCUGAAACUUAUGUUCAUUUUCCUGUAAAA